AUGAAUAUGAAUAAACCCGACACCCGAAAUGGGCGAAAUAGCCCUCAACCUGGUCCAUUCGGCUACUCCUUCCUUUCGCCCAUGGAUACACCUUAUGAACCCGCGCCUGCGCCACCACCUGGACCAGCUCUUCUUGAUGAUAAUGAGUCAAAUAUGCUUGAUAACUUUUUCACGACGUUGAAUUCCAACCAAUUCACGAACGAUUUUUGGAUGCAUGACCAUCAAAAUAAAUCCCUUGGACCUACAAAUUUUGAAUGGUCGAACGAGCUCCCACCAACAUUUGAAGGUUCCACUACUUCUCUCUCUCAACCUUCGAUGUCACAUGGUUUAGAAAAAUCAGGGUUAAGUGUAGUGCCUAACAACGUGGGUGCGAGCACUGAUAUUUUUGCCGCUGCUUCAAUGCCUUAUCAAAAUGGAACCAAUGGGGCUGAGCUUAACGCUGCAAUGGGGCACCAUCAGUUCCCUGCCUUUUAUGACAUGCAUUUCAGCAAUGUUAGGCCGCACGGAUCCGGCAAAGACCAACAACCUAGUAGUCACAUGCCCUCCAAACCGAUUCCCUCUCGUCCACGUGUACCCACUGGUUUUCACACAUCAGAGAUGCUUUUUGAUGUGCGGGAGCCGAUAUCUCCCGAGCAGCAAGCGAUUGCCAAAGUAAGACCUCUUCAUUGGGGCUCUGAUGUCAGUUUUAUGGAUCAAGGUUAUGUGGCACCACCUGACCAACCGAAUGAAGAAGAGCGGACGAAAGAGAUGCUUGAUCAUUUAGAGUGUUUUGAGCCACAAAGCAGUGCUGCUAACACCAGAGCACCGAGUCCGGAGCGGGCAGGUGGACACAAUGCUCACUGGCCGGAGCCAAAUGUUGCGGGGCAGCUCGGCGAUUUACGGAGAGAGUAUAGGGAUAAUGUGGAAGAUCCAUCACAACCGAAGAAGAGACAAAGAAUUUUGGUAAAAGAGGAAGAUGGCGAGAACUCUGACGUUGAUAAUGUGAAGCAAAAGCCGAGGAGACCAAGGGCCUCGAGCUACAACAGGUCCAGGAGAAUGUCCAACGACACGAUUCGGAAAUCAAGGGUUCAGCAAGGCGUGAAGGCCACACGAGAGAAUUUGACAGAAGAGCAGAAAAGGAGCAACCAUAUCCUUUCAGAGCAAAAGCGCCGGAAUCUUAUUAGACAAGGCUUUGACGAUCUGUGCUCGCUAGUACCUGGAUUGCACGGCGGAGGAUUUAGCAAAAGUGCAAUGCUUACGCAAGCUGCAGACUGGCUAGAGGAUGUACUACAUGGAAAUGAAAUCCUCAAGACGCAGCUGGCGGAACUAAAGGCUAUGAAUGGCUUGGUAAUUCCGCGGUGA